CGGUAACCGCAUCCCACUGACAGCUCGCACCUCCACGCGACGGCGCACGGUCCUCUAACAAAACCCACUCUAAGAGCUGAAAAGUUCCGUCCGGUAUCUUUUUAUGCGAACGUUGGUACUCUUUACUAUUCCCUCUGCGCGGCACGAUCACGUGCCACAACGCAACGCUCGAGGAUCUCGUCGGCAUCGCGCCACGUGUUUUCCUUGCUCUGCUCUCUCUUCAGCUUCGCGCGCUCUUCGCCUCCACCGGUUGCUUCCGUUUACCCCGUUCAUCCCGGUUCCCUUCGGCUUCCACUUCUGCUGGUCUUAAACCUCCCACAUUAUCGUAGUUGAUCCCGUUGUUUGUGCUGGAUGAAGUAGAUUGAGCUGAUGGGCGGUGCGGAACAUAGUGAGCUUCUGGCAGGACUAGGGUUUUAGGGCUUAGAAGUUUCGAUGGGUUGCACGAGCUCGAAGGCUGACGAUCUGCCGCUUGUGGCACUAUGCCGGGAGAGGAGAGAGUUGAUCCGUGCUGCCGCUGACCACCGCUAUGUUCUGGCAGCUGCUCACGCGUCCUACUUCCGAGCUCUUGACCGCGUUGGAGAAGCCCUGCAUAGGUUCGCUGCUGAGGAGCUCGUUCUGGCCCCGGCAUCCCCUGUUCUCACCCUCCCUCCCUCCGAAGGCAAGCCUGCGAGGUCUAAGUUUGGUGGAUCAAGAACUCUGAAGGGAGAAAAUGCCUCCGACGCGGUGGCCUCUUCUCUUCCCUCUUCCUCUUCUUCUUCAGUCUCUCCGUUCUCCGGAUCGCAUUUGGACGAGGAAUGUCAGCACCUGCAUGAGCCUUCCGGCUCGGCAUCGGAAGAAAGUUUUGAAAGAGGGAAUAGCGGAGCAGGGGGCGAAGGAUGGAGCUCGUUUCCCCAUCCCGUUACUUUCUCCUCUUUCCCCAAUGCUAACUAUUCAUAUAUGAAGGCCGCUCCGACGAUCCCAUCCACCGUGUACCAGGAUUUGCACGGCGAACAGUGGUCUAAUUCGCAGAGCCAGAGUUUUGGCUUUGACUAUGGCUCUGGCUACGGAUACCCAUCCUUUGUUCAGCAUGGGAGUUAUUUUUAUGAACCGCCCGGAAUUAAUCUACGGAAUGAAGCUCCGGUUGUUCCUCCAUCUGAGGUACAACCGCCUCCACCGCCGCCGUCCCCUCCAUCUCUGAGGUUCUCUUGGGAUUUCUUUAAUCCUUUUGAUUCGUAUGAACAUCUGUUUGAUGUGUAUGAGAAGUCAAAAAUUGUGUUGGGUUCGGUUGUGAGCAGUCCUAAUUCGAGUGAGGUGAGGGAGCAGGAAGGGAUACCUGAUCUCGAAGAAGAAACCGAACAGGAAUAUGUGAAAGAGGCAGGGAAACGGUCGAUUUUGCAAGAGAAGAGAGCCGUGGAUGAUGAUUCGGAUAGGUUUAACUCGAGCGUCGGAAGUUCUGAGGCAGUGGCUGCGCCUCAUGUGGAUGAGAAUAGUAGUGCGGUUAUGUCAGAGGAGCAGAAGGAGAACCAGAUAAGGCUUGUUGGAGGCAAUCUGAAGAACAGUGUAGACAUCGAGGAGAAACACGCCAGAAACGAAAGGCUACGUUUUGAGGAGGCCGCGAACGCUGUAAUCACGGAAGACUGCGGGCGGGGCAGGGAUGCUGUAUUAUCGGUUCACAGAACUAAGGAUGUUGUAGAAGCUGUGAAAGAUAUCACGGAGCAGUUUAAAUCGGUGGCUUCUUGUGGUGAUGACGUUUCUAGGUUGCUCGAGGUUGGUAAGAUACAGUAUCGACAAAGGAUUAGGAUUUUCAGAGGUGUAAGUAUACUGAAAGUGAAUGAAGACGCAUGCACUGAUUUUGAGAAGUACAUCUCCGCGAAGUCUAACAACCUUUCAUCAACUUUAGAGCAAUUGUACAUGUGGGAGAAGAAACUGUACAAGGAAGUCAAGGAUGAAGAGAAGCUGCGAUUGUUUUAUGAUAGGAAGUACACUCGUCUCAAAGCUUUGGAUGACAGGGGAGCUGAAUCCAGUAAGAUUGAUUCUACACGGGCUGCAAUAAAUAAGCUCAUCACAAAGAUUAGUAUGACAAUCAAAUCUAUAGAUGCAAUUUCAAGAAGGAUCCAUAAGCUAAGAGAUGAAGAGUUGCGGCCACAACUAGUUGAACUAAUUCAUGGAUUAAUUAGAAUGUGGAGGUCUAUGCUAGAUUGUCAUCACAGGCAGUUCCAGGCUAUUGUCGAAGCCAGAAGCCAGAAAUUUCUACUCAAGUCCUUCUCACCACAGAGUUUACCUGCUAAAGUCACAUCAGAGCUAGAGCUUGAGCUGAUGAACUGGUGUUCCUGUUUCAGCAAUUGGGUUAGAGCUCAAAAAGCUUAUAUUGAAUCACUAAACGGAUGGCUAAUGAAGUGGCUUCACCAGGAACAAGAAGAGACACCAGACGGCAUCGUGCCAUUUUCUCCAGGCAGAAUUGGUGCUCCUGCCAUUUUCGUCUUCUCCAGUGAUUGGUUCCAUAUGAUAGAGAGGACAUCUGAGGAUGAGGUGCUAGAAGCAAUGCAUGCCUUCGCUACAAAUUUGCACAGAUUAUGUGAAACCCAGGAUGAGGAACAGCAGCAGAAACUCAAGGCGGAGUAUUUAUCUCAAGAUUUUGCCAGGAAACUGAAGGCUCUGCAUAACCAGAAUAAAAUCUCCAUGCCUUCCUCCAAUGAUAUUGCGGACUUAAAUAGUGGGCAUAUGAUGCACAUUGAUCUGAUGCGAAAGCAACUAGAUGAAGAAAAGGCGAAACAUAAAGAGGCCAUGAAACAAAUUCAGGAAGUUGUUUCGUGUAGCUUGAAGACUGGCUUGAUUCCAAUAUUUGAAUCGCUGGAAAAUUAUAGCUCUCAGACGCUUAAAUGUUAUGAUGAACUUCGUGUACCGAGCAAUGGCAAUGAUACAGAGGUCACAUAAGAUCAGAGAUUUAUCUAAUUUUAUACUGGGGGUAUGAUUGAAGGGUGGUGGAGAAAAAUGGGCAGAAAGUUCAAGUAACGGAAGCCCGUUAAGGCUAUAUAUGAUGAAAUUGUGAACUGGAGCUUGGUGUUUAUUUGUGACAUCAGAGAAAGAAUUUCGACGGCUGCUCAAAUAUCAUGCUGAUCUGUAUCAUCAUGUUCAUUAGUAUGUAGCUUAUUGAUCGGUUAUCUAACUUGCAUGUAAGGUCAUAUUUCCCGUUGGAAAUAGCCGUUAAAUUUACAGUCUUUAACUUUGUUAGCGAUUAUGACGUGGUUCUCAAUAUGUAAGUUAACCUUAAGCUUAGAUGAUGGAUUUGUCCGCGAGUUAGGAAGAAGAAGAAUG